GAUAUAGAUCGCUUUUCCAUAAUGAAAACACUAGCUUUUGAAUUUAAGUUAGAUCUCGCCAUGGACAUUUUAUAAGCAGGCUAACAAAAAAUAUGGAAGUUUUGAUUUAUUUAGGGAUAUUAAAUAUUUUUCUCCGACAAGGAGCAUCCGCAGCAUGCACUUUACCUGAACAAUUCCAAAACUCGGUUUGGAUCGACAGCGAUAAGGAGGAGCUGACAUUUAGCACUACCAACAUGACAGGGUGGGAUUUUCAAACUUUAGGCGUUAGUACCGUGUAUGAAGAAUGGGAAUGUUUCCAUACCAGCAAUGAAGGUUCAAAGCUAUAUCUUAUAAUGAUACAAACACAGAAUAUCACAAUACUUCAAGAAACAUAUACAGCUUAUUUGUGCAUGGAGUUAACGGAAAUAACCUCGCAAUCAUAUUAUUACUAUCUCUUGUGGGCGGAAGAGGAAAAAUACCGUGAAGAGAGAAUAUCAACAACGCUAGCUUCUAUGUCGGUAUCGGACCCUGUACAGCAGUUAUGUUUUACCACAAGUAACGCUGCCCAAGCAGCGGCAUAUCCGGAAACUGGUGAAUAUCAUAUACUUGUAAAACAAGGAAGUGAAGUUGCUGCAAAACAAGAAUGUCCAUCGACUUUUUUCGGAGAAUAUUUUUACACAGUAACAAAUAAAGACACUAAUACAGACUACUGUGGGACUGGUAGCGAAGUUUGGGAUGUUUGUACAGAUUACGAGAAAAUGUCAUUCAACUACACAAUUUGCAGUACUCAGAUUUCAUAUUCUGAAAAUGGCAGUGUGUUUUGUGUGUUCAGUUUGACAUCUGGUAGCUACACAUAUCACACAGUGUAUAAUGAAGAUAAUACUGUGAACCCUUCAGGUGGCACACAUAGGUUUACAUGUAUGGUAUCCUCUAUAGCAACUAAUGGAAGUUUAACUGUCUCACAAACUCCAGGCAGCUGUAAAAAGGGUCAAACACCAAUCGAUCAACCAUUGCAGGCAUAUCAAAACACUCCUGAUGGGCUGAACAUGCAGCUUACACCAAGAAGUAAGAGUAAUUCAAUGUCUAUCAAAAUCGUCUUAGGAUUGAAAAUGUUCUAGACUCCUAAAUAAAAU